AUGUUCGGCCUCCAGGCAAGCGGCGCGGCCGCCUCGUGGGUCGUCGGCCGGAUGGGCACGGAUGCGCACCUCUACGAUGACCCCGACGACGCCUCCAUCCCCGCGCUCCUCGACUCCCGCUUCGACGCCGACAAGGUCGACGCCCUCAAGCGACUCCUCGCCCUCAUCGCGCAGGGAGUCGACGUCGCCAACCUCUUCCCGCAGGUCGUCAAGAACGUCGCCUCGCAGUCGCUCGAGGUCAAGAAGCUCGUCUACCUCUACCUCCUCCACUACGCCGACAAGCGCCAAAACGAAGCCCUUCUUUCCAUCAACAUUUUCCAGAAGGACUUGUCAGAUAUAAACCCAUUAGUCAGGGCUUGGGCGCUGCGCACCAUGGCUGGCAUUAGGCUACAUGUCGUUGCUCCGCUCGUGCUGGUUGCUGUCAAGAAAUGCUCCAGGGAUCCAUCCGCAUAUGUUAGAAAAUGUGCUGCCUAUGCGCUCUGUAAGCUGUAUGACUUGCUUCCGGAUCAAGCUAUGGCUUUAGAGGAGAUUGUAGACACCUUGUUCAACGACAGCUCACCUGGAGUAGUGGGAGCUGCCGCUGUUGCAUUUAAGUCUGCCUGUCCAAAUUGUUUAGCAUUGCUGUCAAAGCAUUUCCAGAGGCUAUGUGAGACACUCCCUGAUAUUGAGGAAUGGACACAGAUUAUUCUUAUUGAGAUCCUCUUGCGGUAUGUAAUAGCUAGACAUGGCUUGGUCAAGGAUUCUUUACUUUCUAUGGAGAUUCAGGGCAUCAUGGGUUCGGACCCUAUUACUAGCAUGGCCACCCAACCUACUGAUUCUAUUGCCAAUGGGGGUUCUGGUGGCGGCUCUAUAUCAAACAUCAUGCUGUUCCGGCACUACAUCGAAGAAUAUUCAGGUUUUGCUGAUAAAGAAGGCAAUAGCUCGAGAUUUUCAUCUGUCACCACCAACAGCAACGAUAAUGUUGCAAUUCUUUUGAAGUGUACGUCGCCUCUUCUAUGGAGUCGAAAUAGUGGAGUAAUACUUGCAGCAGCAAGUGUGCAUUGGAUCAUGGCUCCUGUCGGGGAUGUCAAGAGAGUCGUUGGCCCGAUUUUGUCUACUCUGCGGUCAUCUCCUGAUGCAGCAUAUGUGAUGCUUGGCAACAUACUAGUUUUUGCCAAGACGAUGCCAUCAUUGUUUGCCCCAUUUUACGAGGACUUCUUUAUAAACGCUUCAGACCCAUACCAGACUAAGGCUUUGAAGCUUGAAAUACUGACAACUAUUGCCACAGAGCCAUCCAUUCCAGCCAUUUUUGAAGAAUUUCAGGAUUACAUUAAAGAUCCAGAUAGGAAAUUUGUGGCAGAUACUGUUGCAGCUAUUGCGUUGUGCGCCCAGAAGCUUCCCUCUAUUGCCACUGCUUGCCUUGAGGGACUUUUGGCACUUGUAUUUUAUGAAUCAUCUAUUAGUAACUCAGUUCACAUUGAUGGAGAAGAUGCUGUUCUGGUUCAAGCAAUCUUGUCAAUCAAAGCAAUAGUGAAAAUGGACCCAGUAUCCCAUGAAAAGGUAAUUGUCCGCUUGGUGCGCAGUAUGGACAAAAUUAAGGAGCCUGCAGCACAAUCCUUGAUUAUUUGGAUGUUUGGAGAGUAUAACUUCAUGGGAGAUCUCAUUCCAAAGAUUGUUCCUGCUGUUCUCAAGUAUCUUGCAUGGUCCUUCACUGCUGACGUGGUCGAAACAAAGCUUCAAAUCCUAAAUGCUUUUGCCAAGGUUGUAGUGCAUUGUCUGGAAGAAAACACAGAAGAAUUCAAAAGGAUAAUUGCAUAUGUCAUUGAGUUGGCUACAUAUGACUUGAAUUAUGAUGUCCGUGAUCGUGCUCGUUUACUUUCAAGACUUUUGCCGUGCUACACGACUCACCUAGGCUCCUCAUAUCAACCUCAGAAUGGUGAUAUUUAUAAAGAGCUUGCCGACCACAUAUUUGGUGGAAAGUUGCAGCCAACAUCUCCUUCAGCAAGCAACUAUCGCAUUUAUCUUCCAGGUUCCCUUUCACAGGUUGUUCUUCAUGCAGCUCCUGGUUAUGAACCGCUUCCAAAGCCUCAGAGUAUGGAAUUAAGCCAUAAUAAGAUCAUGGAACCAACCAGAGGCAUAGCCAAACCUUCUGGAAGUAAUAACUCUGAUGCUGAAUCUGGAUAUUCAACAUAUGAGAGCAGCUCUGUUUAUGAUUCAGAUGGUGAAGGCGAUGGCUUAUCGGAUGGGGAUACCAAUGGAUCCCUUCAUCAUCAAGAUAACCAGGAUGCUCCACUGGUACACAUAUAUGAUGCUAGUAUACAGGAAGGCCAGACAUGUCAAAAUGCUGAUGAAAAUUUGGCAGAUCUCAUCUCCACUGAUUUGACUGAGUUGAUGUCUAAGUCAGCCUUGGAAUCAUGGCUUGAUGAGGCUCCUGCUGAGCCACUUGCUCAGAGUUCGUCGCAGGCAUCAUCUGCUAGAGUUGCUUUUACCAAUCUCAGCUUUGAGCGAAAACCUAAAUGGCAUACACUGUUGGACUCAUCUGACAGUAAUGGCUUAAGUGUUCUAUAUGCCUUCUCAUCUGAGGUUUCGCCCAGAUCACGCUUUCUAGUAUGUGUAGACUUAUAUUUGGAGAAUGUUAGUACACAACAACUAACAGAUAUAACCAUUAAAUCUGAGGAGGCUUCUAACAGCAUGGAUUCUAUAGGCCAAACAUCAGAAGGAUCUGUGAGUGUACCCACUAUUGUUCCUGUGGAAGGAAUUCAUUCAUUGGCUCCGCAACAAACAGCAAAGAUGGUUCUUGAGGUUCAUUUCCAUCACCAUCUCUUGCCUCUAAAGCUGUAUGUGCUUUGCAAUGGGAAAACACAUCCAGCAAAACUUCACCCAGACAUUGCUUAUUUUGUUCGGCCACUACCUAUGGACCUAAAUGCUUUCCUUUGCAAGGAAAACCAGUUGAGGGGAAUGUUCGAGUAUGCUAGGAGGUGCACAUUGAAAGAUCAUCUUGAGAAGCUAGAGCACAGUGAUAAGAACCUUCAAGUAGCCCAGAGUGUUGCAUCAAAAAUACUGAGCAAUGCCAACGUGCAACUUGUUUCAAUGGAUAUGCCAGUUACUUUCAAUGUUGACGAUGCAUCUGGCUUAUGCUGGAGAUUCAGCAGUGAAAUCCCGAGCACUUCAAAACCUUGCCUACUUACGAUCCUUGCGGAAGGGCAUGCCUCGGGGCCACUGUAUCUUACUGCUAAGGUGAAUUCUGAAGAUACAGUGUUUGCCUUGAACCUCCUGAACAGAAUUGUGGCAAUCAUGGAGUGAUGUGUUAACUUUUAGCUUUUUGAGCUUUCAAUUUUAAAUACCAGUGUCGGUACAGUAGGAUGUUAUAUAUUAUCUGCAAAUACCAAGGGUAUAGAGUAGCACCACAAAUCAUUAAUGAAGACAUUCGUUGUGAAUGAGUAUCUAUCUUCCAGGGAGGCGAUACACCAUUCUCUUGUGAAAAAAGAUCUGUUUUUGUAAGAUCUGAGACAAGCAUGACUUCUGAAUUGCAGUUCAUGGUAUCCAAUGUAAGCUCUGUCUACAUGAUUUGGUGGGGCACAACAGAA